AUGACGUAGACGCACUGGGUUCUGUCCAUCUCCCGUUGGUCAAUAAAGUUUUUUAUUUAAGUCGGUCAACAUGGCGGAUUACGACUUGACAACUAAGAUAGCACAUUUUCUGGACCGGCAUUUAGUUUUUCCUCUUCUGGAGUUUUUGUCAGUGAAGGAGAUAUACAAUGAGAAGGAGCUUCUGCAAGGAAAGCUGGACCUCCUCAGCGACACUAACAUGGUGGAUUUUGCCAUGGAUGUGUACAAAAACCUGUACUCGGAUAAGGAAAUCCCACACUCUUUGAGAGAGAAGAGAAGUACAGUGGUGGCCCAGCUGAAGCAGCUCCAAUCAGAGACUGAGCCAAUUGUCAAGAUGUUUGAAGACCCAGAAACCACUCGGCAGAUGCAAUCCACAAGGGAUGGGAGAAUGCUGUUUGACUAUUUGUCUGAAAAACACAAUUUUCGUCAAGAAUACUUGGACACUCUAUAUAGAUAUGCCAAAUUCCAGUAUGAAUGCGGUAACUACUCUGGGGCUGCAGAGUACCUCUACUUCUUUCGUGUUCUGGUUCCUUCAACAGACAGGAAUGCUUUGAGCUCUCUUUGGGGAAAACUGGCCUCAGAGAUACUGAUGCAGAACUGGGAAGCUGCCAUGGAAGAUCUCACACGCUUAAGGGAGACUAUUGAUAAUAAUUCUGUGAGCUCUCCUCUCCAGUCACUGCAGCAGAGGACCUGGCUAAUUCACUGGUCCCUCUUUGUGUUUUUUAAUCACCCCAAAGGCAGAGACAACAUCAUUGAACUCUUCCUAUACCAACCUCAGUAUCUGAAUGCCAUUCAGACAAUGUGCCCACACAUCCUGCGGUAUCUUACAACUGCAGUCAUCACCAACAAGGAUGUGCGUAAACGCCGGCAAGUGCUCAAGGACUUGGUGAAAGUCAUUCAACAGGAGUCGUACACAUACAAGGACCCAAUCACAGAGUUCGUGGAGUGUCUCUAUGUGAACUUCGAUUUUGACAGUGCCCAGAAGAAGCUGAGGGAGUGUGAAUCAGUUCUUGUGAAUGAUUUCUUUUUGGUCGCUUGCCUUGAGGACUUCAUUGAAAAUGCUCGUCUCUUCAUCUUUGAGACCUUCUGUCGGAUUCAUCAGUGCAUCAGCAUCAACAUGCUGGCAGACAAGCUCAACAUGACGCCAGAGGAGGCGGAGAGGUGGAUCGUCAACCUCAUCCGUAACGCCAGACUUGAUGCUAAGAUCGACUCCAAACUGGGUCACGUCGUGAUGGGAAACAACGCGGUGUCGCCAUAUCAGCAGGUGAUUGAGAAGACCAAGAGCUUAUCCUUCCGUAGCCAGAUGCUGACAAUGAACAUCGAGAAGAAAGUUGCCCACAGCAACAGGAAUGAGACGCCAAACUGGGCUGCUCAAGACACCGGCUUCUACUGAAAUCGAGGAUGCACAUGGACUGUGGGAUCCAAGCUUUUUAUCGUGCUCAUGAAUUUAUCAGUUUAUAAACAAUUAGCGUUAUAAAUGCAAGUUUUACCCUCUGCAACACCCAAACACAGGCAGCUGGUCUUAAGUUAUUGUAACUCAUUAUGCUUUAUUCAGAUUUGAAAAUAUUUAUAGAGUCAGCAAUGUUUCCACCUUCAAGUUUAAUUGUAUUUAAAGUGUUUUAUUUUGAUGAUUGUUUUGUUAUUAGCUAAAUUUUCUAAUUGCUGGUGUAGCAAUAAGGAAUUAAUUUAACAUUAAACACUUUAAAUGUU